AGGUGCCCAUGGGAUAUAAACUUGAUGGCCAGGGCCCUGUGGAGCGCAAAUGGCGUCGCUAACAGGUCUAGCAACUCCGGUAGAAAGCAAACCGAGAUUGAAUGGAAGAUAGACUUUGAAAAAUGCAGGAACGACUGGGACAGUUCGACCUCUUUCUGUGUAUCGGUAACCAUAAUUAUUUGUAUCUCACUUCCGUAGUUCAAUCAGGUAUUUGUAGGAGGUUGUUGGCCGAGCUGGGAAGAAAAACCUUCGCGGUCGAGAGCUCGUUGAUGGCGGCAUGGCACUGAUACGAUAGGUUGGGAGGGAGGUGAAAGCUAGACAGUGAUCCAUGACAAGGACUGUGAACGACAAGCGAACCUCGAUACGUGACUACCAUGUGACUGACAUCUGGUCAAAGCAGGCGUCACCAUGGAGUUGUUAUGCAGGCGACACAUGCUCUCCCGCAUUGCCAAUCUCUUCCUGCUGAGCGUGAUAGUGUGUGUAUGUUACACGCGGGGACAGCGUGCCGAUCCAUCCUCCGAUCCUGUUAUGCCGAGCACUGAUGUACCUGGCAUUGGAACACCAACAUCAAGCAUAGAAGAUCCUGCAGCAGACAUUCCACUAGACUUGGAUGUAGCAAGUACUCCCGCUGCCAAGGCUUCGACAGAUAGAUGUGGUUCAAUGGACAGAACGUGUGGAGACAGCAGUGCAACACUUUGCAGUACAUGGAGUCCUGCUGCCAGAUGCGAGAGUGGCCGUAACUUCACUUUCUGUGUAGUAUCAAACAGUACCAUGUUGACAAAGGAGUAUUCCAGCAUUCACUCCUACACCAGUAUUGCACACCCACAGCUUCAGGUCCUGGUGUCGAGCAAUCCCAGACUAUGUUAUGCAAUAACUCAGCUACGUUUGACAUCUAGUGGAGCCGUAACACCAAACGCCGUUGUGGAUCUCACAGUUGACUUCGAUGGCACUACUCUGCUCUUCAGAGCCAACGGAACAUCACAAGACGAGGUGCUGCAUGCCUUCAUACAGGUCUGUUGCCAUGAUUACCAGUGCUUUGACAUUGCGUCUCUGCUAUGUGCCAGUGAUGAUCAUGUCCAGUACACUGGCCAGCCGUUCACUCUGACUGCGGCCGUCGCUGUGAGCCCGGCCGAAUGCCUUGCACCGCCUCUGCUGGACAACGGUGUGCACGACUGCGACGGACAGGCGUUCACGAUCGGCUCGACGUGUCGCUACACCUGCUCAAGGGGCUACAGCUUGGCGGGCAGCAAUGCCGUCAAGUGUCAGGCUAGCGGCAACUGGAGCCCGGACCCACUCCGCUGCUCUGUCCUUCAAUACACUAUACCCACGCGAACUGUGCAAAUCGGAGAAACGAACAGCACGGGGUUUCCAUCGCAUGCCGCGGUGGCAGUCACGAUUCCUGAGCCUCUCAGCCAGGAUUUAAGAGUACCGGUGCAGGCUGGUAGUUUACCGGUGUCGCUAACACCGUCAGAUGGACUAGCCUUUACCGCAGGUGUAACCAAUCAAACCAAGUCGGUUACACUGGCCUCAACUGGCGAUAAUCAGCUACUGGAGAACUUGCAGGUCUCUGGCAAGCUCACGGCUGAAUCAGCAAUCGGCAGCGCACACUAUAGUGGAUUUCCGCGACAGUCAAGCAGCAUUGACGUUACUAUUGUGGAUAGUGAGCCGUAUGUUGCAGAGUUCAUCCUAGCUGCUGCUCACCAGACAGCAUCCGAUACAUUCAUGGAUUCCGCAAGGCAGAUUGGCGAAACGUCUCCAUCUUCACAGCGGUUUCCUAUCAAUGAGACAUCUUCAAGUGCCCAGCGCCUCCCUGUGUCUGCAUCGGGUACACUGAGCCCGACAUUCUCUUGUGACAGUGCGGGCAACCAGAGCUCACCUCUUUUACAGUACUCAGAUAGGAACACUAUCCAACAGCUGGCCAGCUCGGCUUUCAGUGUUGAUGUGUGGGUGAAAUUGUUGGGUGAAGCAUCCCCAGGUGGGCAGAAACAGCAGCUGCUGCAGUAUGGUUCUUCGGGCAGUCCGCAGGAAGUUUCACUUCAGUUUCCCGUGUCUUCACUCGGAGAUGGACACUACGAACCACAGCUGUGCAUCGCUGGGUUUUGCUGGCAGUGCGUAGUGAACCGAACGGCUGACGUCCUGGGUGAAGUAUACACGGCAGCCAUUGCACCGAAUGAGUGGCGACAUGUAGCUUUUGCCAAGUCAUUGUCACCGUCAUCACCUCAAGUCACUUGCUUUGUGGAUGGCGUGAAACGAGAGACAAUACAACUGGGCACAGGUCCUGAUGGACCACGAGCAAAUUCGACGUUGCGGCUGUGCACUCAUUCCAGAUUGGAGUUUGAUCUGCUGCGGGUGGUUGUGGGUGAGUCAAGGUAUUCUUCUGCUACCGUCCAUCCAUUCUUACCGCCUCACCAGCAAAACUACUUUGCUUGUCCUCCACUGCGGGCUCCAGUCCGGGGAAAGAUAUCCUGCAGCGGCUACACAGUAGGUGGACUGUGCACUGUAUCAUGCUCACCUGGUUACAGCCUUGAACACGCGUACACUGCACAGAGAACGUGUACGUCCACUGGCACGUGGUCAGGGUUUGAAAGCGUCUGCGUACCGCUAGUCAUCACGGUCAGCAUCGACACCGCUGCUGUCAGCGCUAAAUCACAUCUCACGGGAUACCCGUCCACUGCACAGGUGACUGUGUCUCUUGCUUCACGCAUAGAUGACAAUGUGGAAGUUCCCAUAGUGCUAAGCGCUAACUCGCCAUCCAAUCUGCUGAAGAUGACUCCAAAUAACCUAACGUUCACUCCUGAUAACUGGCAAAUUGGUCAGUUUGUGCAUAUCAUUGUACUGCCCGCAGAUCAGAGGCUAGUGUAUUCACCUACUGAGCAAUUGCAAGUGGUGGCCGGCCCAGCAACGGGCAGUGGGCAGUAUCGGGGAUUCCCCGCACAGCCAGCCGUGGAGUCAAUCAGCUGGGUGAAUAGUGAGCUGUACUCAGCAGCAUUCUAUCUCUUCUCACCCUGGUUCAGUACGGACACAAGUUUUGAAGCUCACAGUACGACUGGCCCACUGCAGAACACGACUAUACACCCCGGUGUGGUGAUCUCUAUGAGCAGAGAGCCCAUGCCACCAGCUGCCAUCCCACGACUUGCGGUCACCUCGACAAUCCAACUCACUCAACCAUACUAUGUCAGCUAUCCGGACAGAAGUGCGUUUCGUAUAGGAUCGCGCGCGUUUCAUCUCGACUUCUGGGCAGCAAUACCGGCCGGCUUGUCAUUUCCAAUAAUUCAUUAUAGUGGCGGAGCCACCCUCAGUGCCGGUAUAUCGGACCUGGCUGGGUUUUCGGUUUCACUCACGGCUGGGUCAGUGAUGUUGAAUUCUCUGCUCGAGAUCUCCAUGCAAGUGUGCAUUGCCGGUGAUUGUGCAACUUGUGUUCACAGCGGCCAAGCCAACGCAUGGCGGCAUUUCACUGUCAGUCGCGAUGGGCAGUCAGCAACACGUUGCUUCAUCAAUGGCAGGCGGUCACUUUGGAACCGCUCCACGAAUCUUCUCUUCACCAAAAAGAUUGACGGAGCGUCGACAUAUUCACUGCAAAUUGGUGGAGACUUGCCGACAACACAAACACAGUUCGGCACUGGAUAUAUUGAGCUGGUGCGUCUUUACGUUGAGCCUGAGUCGUCAUCGUUGACCGCUCUUCCACUUCUACCUGGCGAGCUGUCAUUGCUUGAUUGUGGCCUGGUAACGUCAGUGGGGACUUACACCAACUGCACUAGCAACCAGGGUUUGCUUGGUGAUAUCUGCCGGGUCGACUGCGUGAGCGGCCGCAUAGUAGACCAUGCGGAGACCUACAUCAUCUUGAAUUGCUCCAGCAAAGGCCAGUGGAACCCGGACACGAUACCAGCGUGUCAGCUUGACUGCCCGACGCUGCGGAUACCGAAUGCCAGUCCCAGCUGCGGCUCUGAUUUCACAAUCUACACGUACGGAUCAACGUGCUCAGUGAAUUGCCAUCGCGGCGCUCAGCUCGUGGGCUCAAAUGGCACGCUGUUCUGCCAGAGUGGAGGUAUGUGGAGUGAUCCAGACGUGAUGUGUGCAGUACCUACUCCACCAUCAUCAGCCCCGCCACAGGAUUUUGUUGAUGGAGAGUAGGCGGAAGAACAUGCACCAGCACAAGCUAUUCCCUGGUUUAGCCCGGCCGAGUUGAGUUGCACCUGCAUAGCAUUAUGUGAAGCCCUCGGUUCGGUGUGCAACACUUACAGUUUAUCUGCAGGCACCCAUCUAGACUCUGAGUCUCUUGCUGAAUGACAGCUCCACCUUAUGCUUGCCUACGUGUGUACAAGUAACCUGCAAGCUGCACAUGGGGAUGACUGGAUGACUGGAUCCUCAAACCAGCCGCUUGCACACUGUCCAAAUGAACCUCAGACUACAGUACUACAGUACUACAGUACUAAGUCUUGUACUACUUGGCUGCUGAAACUAUGAGUACAGCACUAGUGCAAUCAUACUUCAUAGUGGCCCCACUGGGCUGGCACAAAACAUCUUGAUUAUGAUUGUGCUUCAAAAUCACCCGAUAGGAUUUCAUACACUGCACAGCUUCAUUCUUCUGAGAACCUUGACUAUUAUCUCUUUACCUUCAUUCUUACCCUGAAAUUAAUAUUGAAAUGGCGCAAAUCUAGAUCAGGCCUUGAGACAACCGAUGCUGUGGGAAACUGAGACUUUUGAAAUUAUUCCAGCACACAUUACAUGCAGCAGAAGCAUGUGCCAGUCAAUCAUGCAUCACCGAAGCCUGUACUUUUGUCAACAUUUUUUAGUAGAGUAUAAUCUUCAAAGGGAUAAUUUGAGACCAGAACUCGAUCUUCUAAAACUCUUUACCUUGUUUUGACCUCAUUGUUGUGUGAUGACUUGAGCUACAUGUAUAUCCAAUCAAUGUGGUACAGUGUGUACAGUGGCAUGUGGAUAUUAGACCCGGGCAGGAUACAUGUUCACCAUUGCGGCCCAAUUCUUCCUUACCGUACUCGUACCUCACGGCCUUGACCUGAGCAUGUGUGUGUGUUACCACUAGAACUUGCAACAUUUCAAGGUUGCAGCCAACCGCUAUUUGAAGACCAACGACUGGUCGUGGGCACAUGACCAUCUCUGAGUAUCGGCAUCAUAUCUGGCUCACCCCAUGACUUUCAAAUUCCGCUCCACAUACUCCUCCCAAUAACGUCUGCUCUUCUUUUCUCUCUUUCUCCUCCUAACACUGGCUGUUUUAUCUUUCCCUCCUUCAAAUGUACUGUCUCUCCUCCUAACAUUUCGUAUCAUGUACCUGGCACUCCCGGUUUCAUUUGUUUCUUCUUCUUUCCUUUUGGUGCGAUUUAUGUCCCCAGACGUUGAGACCUCAGGUCGGCUGAGCUGAGGGCGAAAAGCCUCACCAUCACUAUGCUCCCACCAUGCAAUUUUUGUCUUUGCCUAGCCUGUGAGCUGUGAUCAUUGAAAAAAAUGUUGAACGCACA